AAGCAACACCUGAGAAUAAAACUUUCCAAGUCACUGAACUGUAUCCCCGAACAAAAUUCAACAACACUCAGAGAUAAAAAACUGCACAGCUCCUAAGAAGACAAAAUGCACAGUGCCUGGCACCCAAAGCAGGAUUACUAGACAUCCGAAGACACAGAACACCAGGGCCACAACGAGAAAAGGCAGCCGGUGGAGACAAACCCAGCACUGACCCAGACGUUAGAAUUAGCACAUAAACACAUUUAAACAGCUGUUGUAACUGUGGUCCAGAUACUAAAAAAAAAUAAAAAAUAAAUAAAAAAAUGGAGCAGAGGCAUGGGAGAUAUAAAACAGGCCCAAACUGAAUUCUAGCGAUAAAAACGACAAUGUCUGAGAUGAGACAACAACAAAGCCUCUGGAUGGGAUAACUGUCAGAUUAGACACUACAGCGGUAUUAGUGAGAUUGAAGACAUCUCAAUGGAAGCGACCCAAAAUAAAAACAGAGAGAAAACGGAACCUCUCCAAAUGAAAGCAGAUCACUGAGCUGUGGGCAGCCUCAAGAAGCCAAGUCUGUCUGCACGGGUCCAAAGGCGAGAAGAAAGAAGAGAAACCGAAAAAAACAUCUGAAGAAAUAAUGGCCUUCAAAUUUCCAAAUUUAAUGAAAAAUAUAAACCCCGUUCCCAAAAGCUCAAGAAAAGCCAGGCAUAGCAAGAAAAAUCACUCCAAGGCACAUCAGGAUAGGAUUUCAUAAAGCCAGUGAUAAAGAGAAAAAUCUUAAAAGUAGCGGCAAAAAGACGUGUUAUAGAUGGAGGGACAAAGGUCAGGUUCGGGCCGGGUUCUUGUUGGAAACAGUGCAUCUGAGGACACAGUGGGACAGUGAGGGCAAGUACUGAAGGGAAAGCCCAGCCAACCUUCCAUACCCAGUCAAAUAGCUUCAGAACAGAAGGCAAAAUACCUCUGCAGACACACACAAGCUGAAAGGAUCUGUCACCAGCAGGCUCAGGCUAAGAGAAGUGUUAACAGCAUCCCCCGGGCAGGAGGCCAGGGCACCAGAUGGAGAGGUGUGUCCACGCGAGGGAGCACUAGACAGGGUAACUGCCGAGGUGAAUACAGUAGAUGUUGUCUUCUUGCUUACAUUUAUUGAAAAGGUAACUGAAGAAACAAGAGUAAAAAAUAAUGGCCAUGUGUUCUGAGGUUUGAUCCCAUGCGUAGAUGCACAUGCUGAAAACUGCAUGAGUUAUAGUUGUUUGGCUCAACUGUGUGACAAAAUGUCAUAAAGUUUGGGAAGGGGAUGGAGAGAUAUUGUUUAAGGUUCUUAUACUAUAUGUGAGGUUGUAUGAUAUCAUUUGAAGGUAGACUUCAAAGACUACAUCCGUAACUCACCAUUUGAAGGUGGUGAGUUAUGGAUGUAGACUCUAAACCCUAAAGCAAGUACUACAGCAUCAAAAGAGGUAUAGCUAAUACGACAAUAAAGGAGAUAAAAUGGAAUUCCAAAAAAGAGGAAAAGGAAAAUAAAGAACAAAUGGGACCAGUAGAAAAUAGCAAAUGGCAGUUUUUAACUCAGCUAUUUCAAUAAUUGUAUUAAAUGUAGAUGGUCUAAACACCCCGAUUAAAAGGCAGAGGUUGUCAUUGUGGAUUAAAAAAUCCAACUAUAUUCUGCCUAUAAGAAACAAGCUCUAAAUAUAAAGACACAAAAAGGUGAAAAUUAAAAGGACGGGAACAAAUAUGCCAGGAUAACACUAAAGAUAAGGAAGCUGAAGUGACUACAUUAACAUCAGAAAAAGUAGAUUUCAGAACAAAGACUGUUGCUGGGGAUGAAAGAAGCAUUUCAUAAUGACAAAGGGGUCAAUUCAUCACGAGGACACACAAAUCCUAGAUGUUUAUGCAGCUACUAACAGAGCGUCCAUCAAAAUAUACGUGAAGGAAAAAGUGAGGACGACAGGACAAAUAAAUCUAUGACUAUAGCGGCAGAUUUCCACACCCCUAUCUCAGUAAUCAGCGAAACAAGGAAAAAUCAGUAACCAUCAUCAACCACCAUCUGUCCAUCCAUCCAUCAUCACACCAGGUUUUUCACAAAUUUAUCUGUUCAGUCCAAUCUCUUCCCCGGGAGUUGAUUUACUCUUUCAGUUAAUUCUCUCAUUAACUCGAGUCACUUAUUCAUAAAUUUGUCAGUCUAUCCACUCAUCACUACACCUGUUGCAUCCUUACUACUAUCUGAAGUCAUCCCUCAUUUACUCACUUAUCUACUGUUAACUCAAACAUCCACCCACCCAUUUACUACACACACUUAUGCUGUUUACUUGAUGGAAAGUCCUGAGAAAGUGGGGACCAUGUUUGGUUUCGUCCACAAUUGUAUUGUCCAGUGUCACCCAUCCUGGUUCUCACACGAAAGGCACUCAGAAAUUGUGUUGAAUAACUGAGCUCACCCGUCAGUUCAUCUGUCCAUUUGCUCAGCCAUCUGCUUAUCUAAUUAUUCAUCCAUUAAAUCCCUUCACCUAUAAAUUUUUUCAUGUAUGAAUUCACUGUUUCAUCCAUUUAUUCCAUUAUCCAAUGUUCAUUCUUUUAUCAUUUAAUCCACUUAUUUAUUCAUCUCAUCAUUCGUUCGUCUACUCAUUACCUUAUCCAUAAAUUUACUCAUGACAUUAUUCUUUUACUUCAUCUGUUGACUCAUUUAGCUUUCCAUUUAUUCCAGUUCUUCUACCUACAAACUAACCUUUGGCAAAUCCUUAACCUUAUUUGAAUCUCAGUGUCCAUAUAUUCAUAUAUGGGGCUUUUGGAAGAUUAAUGAUAAUGAAUGAAGUUUCUUAGCACAAUUCCUGGCAUAGUCAGUGCUUGGUGAUAGUCAUUCUGUAAGUAUUCACAAUUUCUUUAAGUUACUAAUUCCUUGACUCACCCACCUGCCUGUUGUCGCUUCCGUACACUUCUCUAACUCAGUCAUUCACCCCUUGUCUCAUUUAUUUGCCAUCCAUUCACUUAUCCUCUCCUCCAUUUUACAUAUUUUGACUUUCUUUUGUAACAUACAAAGCACUCACCUGACACUACCAAACCAAAGUUGUGUGGUUCGAUUGCCCACAAAAGAAAUCCUGAUGGAGAAGCACGUGAGUCCAGAAGCAAACUGCUGCCAGAGCCCCCCCUCCCUGCAGAACCCUGCCGUGGGCCUCUUUGUAGGGCUCUGGAGGAGCAGAGAGGUUUGGGCCCCGAAGGGCUGCAUUCUGCAGUGAGGUCUGCAGAGGGCCCGCGCGGGGCUGCGGGGGGAGGAGGGGAACGUGGGGCGGGGACCUGGAGGCCUGCCUGGUCUGGACAGGGAGACCCAGAGGACCCUUGGGCGUCUGAUUUGGGGGGAGUUGCAUCUUGACGGUCAAGGCUCCCCGCCAUCUCGGGUGAGCGGUGAGAGCCCCAUUUCUGCAAGCCGCCCUGUCUCGAAAACGGGAGAGUGCAGCACCUCCUUCCUUGAACCUGACCAGCGUCCUGUCACUAGGUGGCCUCGCUGGACGCCGUGGCCAGCGUGCUGCAGUCGUAGGACCUGAGCCUCACGGAGGCCAUGCUCCGGAACAUGGAGGCGGAGCAGCAGCGCCGGGCCCAGGAGUCCGAGCGACACAAGGAGGCGGAGGCCAAACGCAUGAACCUCAAAGUGCAACAGCUGGCUAAGGAACAGCGGCAGUGUCGCAAAGCGCUGCAGCAGGCGUACUGCGAGCUCAACCGGAGGAUCGCUGAGCACAAGUGUGAGCGGAGGCACGUGGGCAAGGCGGAGCUCACGCUGCAGGCCAUCCAGGACGCGGAGGCCCAAGUGGACAGGCUACGGCAGGAGGCUCAGAAGGCCGAGGAGACGCUGGCCACCGCCAGGCUGGAGCUGCGGGAGCAGACCCAGGAGGGUGGGCGGGGCUCGAGGGGCCAGGCCCAGGGAAGGGCUCGGUCAGGCGUUGGGCCCUGUGGUCGGCCCCACCCUUAUGUCCCCACAGGGGAGGAGGAGGCGCCCGGGAUGAAGUGCCAGGUCACUGAGCUGCACGACGUGCUCAUGAAGGACGUGGGAGACCGCAUCCGCGCUGACGGCCGGUGGGCGGCCACCUUUCUACGCUACCAGGACACCAACUACUUGGACACGGUGAACCCGGAACACAUGCGGCCUGAGAGGAUUCGAUUGGCACUGCUGGGGGCGCUCAGGUACGGGAAGCCGCUGGUGUUCGACCUGCGCGAGGUGGACCUGUUUCCCGUGGUGCAGCAGCAGCUGGAGGCGGUACAGCUGGGCCUGGCGCAGGAGCUGCUGAGUUGCCGGCUGCUGGAGCAGGACAGGUACCUGUCGCUGCUGCGGCCCUCCGAUGGGCCUGAGUACAGCCCCACCCAGUUCCAGGAGGCACGCCUGGGGCAAUUCCGCCUCUUCUUUGUCACCAAGGUACGGUGGCCAACGGCUGAGCAGCUGCAGGUCCUGCUCCCGGUGCAAGUACAGCUGUCCAGCGGCCUUUAGCGCCAGGCCCCAAUAAAGGAAACGCGCCCCAGGGCGCCGAGUCUGCGCC